GUUGGGGUCACCCGUCUCCCCUACCAAACAACACCAGAAAUGUGAGGUAGGGCGACCCUAUUUAUUACCUUACUAGUCACGAUGAUACCGCUCAAUUCCUUCCGAGACCCUGAGACUUAAAUCAAGAGGAAGAAAACAGAUGUAACAAUGCUCUAUAACGCCCUCAUCCGCACCCACCACAUUACCUCCCGCAAGAAGGUUGCUGCGCUGAAACAAGCUGCAUCCGCCCACAAUUGCUUUGCACUCCUUCGCUCUGGUGGGAUUCCUGGAAUCAUGUAUGUGGAAUCGAAAGAGAAGGAGGCUGUUGAGGCAUGGGUGAGCGUGGUGCGGAAUCUGAGAUAUAAGGAUUUCCAGCUAGUGGCUAGGCCUGAACUUCUUGAGAAAGAUUGUCAGAAUCGGAAUGAGAAUGAGAAACAGCGGGAUAGCAAGACAAGUAAUGGACGACCAGAGCAUGGGGAGAGAGAUUCUGUCGCUGGUCUGGAAGAGGUCGAGACAGUCAAGGAGUUCGGAAGUCUAAUGGAAGAUCGUGGUGUCUGGAGAUGGUGGAGGAAGGGAAUGGGAUAUGUGAAUUGAUUGGCGAGUUACGCUGCGCUAUUUGGGGCUAGAACUUAUUAAUAAUCUACAGCACAUAUCCUGCAGAGCUCUUGCGAGUGGUGUGGCCUGUCUUGAAACAGUUUACUUCUUAUCAUAUAACCGUGGGGAUGUCCGAAGAGCGAUCGCAACACAG